GGCUAUCCGUUACCUGAGCAAAUUGCGGCGAGAGCGUGUUGCAUUGAUUGGGGAUGUCCUCAACCAGGAGGGAUUUGACCUGGCACUCUUACAGGAGGUGUGGAGUGAAAAAGAUUACCUCAUGCUGCAAAAGAAACUGUGUAUCCACUACCCUUCUUCCCACUACUUCAAAAGUGGAGUGAUCGGCAGCGGGCUCUGCAUCUUCUCUAAACAUCAGAUCCUGGACACCUUUUUGUAUCAAUAUUCUGUGAAUGGUUACCCAUAUAUGUUCCAGCAUGGAGACUGGUUCGCUGGCAAAUCUGUGGGUCUUAUAGUGGUAAAGAUCCAGGGCAUUAUUUUCAACGUCUAUGUGACUCAUCUCCAUGCUGAAUAUUCCCGAGAGAAGGAUACAUACCUGCCCCAUCGAGUGGUUCAGGCCUGGGAACUUGGCCAAUUCAUACAGCAUACCUCCAAAGGAGCUGAUGUGGUGCUACUUGGAGGGGAUCUGAAUAUGCACCCAGAAGAUAUUGGCAUUCGGCUAUUGAGAGGAUGGACAGGGCUGCAAGAUUCCUUCAUAGUCGCAGAGAAAAUUAAAGGCUGUAAAGAUGGUUGUACCCUUGUGCCAGCCAACUGCUACAUCAACAAGAAAGAAUUGCAGUGUUAUCCCCAGGGGAUUCGUAUUGACUAUGUUCUUUAUAAGGGCUCAUCUCAAUAUGAUAUUAGAUGCAAGAUUCAUGAAACUACCACAGGAACCGCUCCUGGCAAGGAUUUCCCUUAUUCUGACCAUGAAGCUGUCAAAGUGACCCUCUCUGUAGUCCAAUCAAACAAAAGUGAAAACAAUCUUCCAGUUGAGCCAGUUCUGGUGGAUGUCUUGAACGAAGCCCGUCUGGAGGUGCAAGUGGGGUUACAUUCAGCAAAACGGCAGCAGUACUUCUGUGGCCGCAUGGCUGUCCUGGCUCUUUUCCUGCUGGUCAUACAAGGAACCAUGGCAAUGAGUUCCAUGUUUGGUGGAGCUCUGCAGCAGACCUUCCCCAAGUUCUCCUUCUCUUUGCUCAAUCUACUCUCUGUGUCAGUCCUGCUUAUCUCAGCUGUGCUGUAUCUCUUCCACAUCAUUGAAGUGAAGGUGCUGCAGGGAACCGAGGAACAGAUGCGGGUGGGGCUGCAGACGCUCCAGGACAAAUUCAAUAGCAGGUGAAACAUUGGAUGGAUGGAUGGAUGGUAUGGACCAAGAGACUGAGCAGAGGUGGGAAUAGCAAGUCCCUCUGUGAUUCCCAGCAAUAACAGUUCCCUGGUUUUUAAAUAAGGAAUGGUAGCCUUUGAUACUGUAAAGGUAGUGGUGUUAAUAGGCUGAAUUUUUGAGCAGUAACAUUUUUAAGGAUCUUUUUUGUGCUGAUUUUGAUGGGUGGAUUUUGAAACUAACCUGGCUAUUUAAAAACAAUUUUUUAAAAUCAUAAAAUACUGUUUUAAUAGAAUUAAACACAUACUGCUCUGUUAAAUUUGUACUGAAAAAGCAGGCAAAAACAGAUGCGUAAAAUAAAAUAUUUCUAAUUGUACACAGCUGCUUUUCCUACAAUAAUGUUUUCAGCUGUACUAAGUAAAUAGCACCAAUUAUUGAUGGAAAUCUGUUUUUCGUAUGUAGCUCCCGUUCAUUGACAGGGAAACAAAAAUGGAAGCUAGCAGAAUGAAAGCUGAAUUGUCAA